CCUCCAAACAAGCUGCAUUUUAUCCACAUUUAGCCUCAGAAGGGCUCCGAAGGAGGGAGUUGUGUUCUUCUGUGAUUUUCGGAUCAUUAAACCUGAGCAAACGAUGUGUUGGCAUGGCGACGAGGAGGAUGAGGACAGCUCGGAGAGUGACCCGGGCGGGCUGUCGGUACUGGAGCAACUGGGUCUGGACCAGAACUCUGACUUCUCUGACUCUAGCGUGCAGCAGCUCCUGGAUGAGCAGCGCGAGAGGAUUCGCCGGGAGAUUCGCAAGGAGUUGAAGAUUAAAGAAGGAGCCGAGAACCUGCGCAGGGCCACCACGGACAAGAGGAACGCUCAGCAGGUGGACACCCAGCUUCGGAGCUCCAAUCGUAGGCUAGAUAACCUUCACGCCCAGCUCCAAGAACUGGACGCUCACAUUGUAGUGAAAGGAGGAGAUGAGAGUAAAGGUAGGCUGUCCUCACGAAUACUCUGCACGCUGUGUCAGUUUUACAUCAACUCCAACCUUUCUCAUGUCCCAGAUGAAUGUCCUCAAUCUCCUGGGGCGGAGAGCAGAACUUCAGCCCACAAGGAGCGCAUUGCUGCCCUGGAGAGGCAGCUCAACAUUGAGCUCAAAGUCAAGCAAGGAGUUGAGAACAUGAUCCCCAUCUACGCCAAUGGCUCCACCAAGGAUAAGAAGAUGCUGCAGACUGCCCAGCAGAUGCUGCAGGACAGUAAAACCAAAAUAGACAUCAUCCGCAUGCAAAUCCGCAAAGCUGUGCAGGCCACCGAGCACAACGACGACACACAGGGUAACCACGACAUGUGUGGGGUGGAGCUUCGCAUCGAGGAGCUGAGGCAUCACUACAGGGUGGAACAUGCUGUUGCUGAGGGGGCCAAAAACGUGCUUAGGCUCCUGGGGGCCAGCAAGGUUCAUGACAAGAAAGCCCUUUCGGAGGCACAGUCUCGACUGAGCGAGGCCUCUCAGCGCUUGGACCUGCUAAGGGAUUCUCUGGACCACCGUCUGGCCGAGCUGCCUGAGGACCACCCUAAGGCCAACGUCAUCAAAGAGGAGAUGGUGCUGUCCUCUUCACCAGCCUUCAGCUCUCGCCAUGGCGCCCCCUACAUACACAACCAGUACAGCACCCUCAACAAACCCUCACCUCUCACAGGGACCUUGCAGGUGCAGCUGCUUGGCUGUGUUGGCUUGUUGGAGUUGGUCCCAGGGCGCAACAAGGGAACUGCUGUCAUGUUACCCUGUUACAGCCCUGGAGAUACACGGUCUUUCAUGAGGGCCAACAAGGGACUCUACGGCCGGAGUGGUUCAGUCAGCGGAAAGACGCCGAGUAAGACGGAGGAGCUCUCUUCUGAGGUGAGCGCCGUGCUCAAGCUGGAUAACACAGUGGUGGGCCAGACAGCAUGGAAAACUGUCGGGGAGCAGGCGUGGGACCAGACAUUCACUGUGGAGCUGGAGAGGUCGAGGGAGAUGGAGAUUGCGGUGUACUGGAAGGACUAUCGCUCACUGUGUGCUGUGAAGUACCUGAAGCUGGAAGAGUUCCUGGACAACCAGAAGCACAGAGUUCAGCUGGAGCUGGAGCCUCAGGGCCUGCUGUUAGCUGAGGUGACAUUCUUCAAUCCAGUUAUUGAGAGAGUCCCUCGCCUACAAAGACAAAAGAAGAUCUUCUCCAAGCAGCAAGGCAAGGCGUUCCUUCGAGCUCGCCAAAUGAACGUAGACAUCGGGACGUGGGUGAGACUUCUCCGAAACGCCAUUCCCACUGUCAACAACUCUGGAACUUAUAGUCCCAGUGCACACAACAUGGCGUUCAAUUCUGGGGAGAUCUCCAUGGAGAAGCUAAGUCUGGAUAGCGACUCGCCGAUAAGGGCCGAUUACAAACGAGAUGCGGACAUGCACACACCGGACCGACCGCCAAUCAUCGAGCCCUUUACCCCCCCAGACCUCACCCCCGAGUGCCCUGUCCGAACCCCGUCUGUCAUCAGUAAGCAGAGGAAAGGCCCUCUCUCUCUCCAAGACUUCAGGCUGAUAGCCGUGUUGGGCCGAGGCCAUUUUGGAAAGGUGCUGUUGUCCGAGUACAAAAAGACGGGCACCAUGUUUGCUAUUAAAGCUCUGAAGAAAGGCGAUAUUAUAGCGCGUGAUGAAGUUGAAAGCCUGAUGUGUGAGAAGCGCAUCUUCGAGACGGUCAACAUGUCGCAGCACCCCUUCCUGGUCAACUUGUUUGCAUGCUUCCAGACUCCAGAGCAUGUGUGUUUUGUCAUGGAGUACACGGCGGGAGGUGACCUGAUGAUGCACAUCCACACCGACGUCUUCACCGAGCCACGAGCUGUGUUUUAUGCUGCCUGUGUGGUUCUUGGACUUCAGUUUUUACAUGACCAUAAGAUUGUGUACAGAGAUUUGAAGCUGGACAACCUGCUGCUGGACACAGACGGCUACGUGAAGAUUGCCGACUUUGGGCUGUGUAAAGAAGGCAUGGGUUACGGGGACCGCACCAGCACGUUCUGUGGGACGCCAGAGUUUUUGGCUCCCGAGGUCCUGACCGAUACAUCCUACACCAGGGCAGUAGAUUGGUGGGGGCUGGGGGUCCUCAUUUAUGAGAUGUUGGUGGGGGAGUCACCGUUCCCAGGGGACGAUGAAGAGGAGGUGUUUGACAGCAUUGUAAAUGACGAAGUCCGCUACCCGCGCUUCCUCUCAACCGAAGCCAUUGGUAUCAUGAGACGGCUGCUAAGGCGGAACCCAGAGAGGCGACUGGGCUCCGGUGAGAAGGAUGCAGAGGAGGUGAAGAAGCAGGCUUUCUUCAGGAACAUGGACUGGGAUGCACUGCUGCAGAGGAAGGUGCCUCCUCCUUUCGUCCCCUCCAUCGGUGACAAGGAAGACGUCAGCAACUUCGACGAGGAGUUUACCACGGAACAGCCGGCUCUGACGCCUCCACGAGAGCCCCGCGUUCUCACACGCAAGGACCAGGACAGCUUCCUGGACUUUGACUACGUCUCGGACAUCUGCUAGUGGCGCGGCAAUAUUGUUUUGUGGCCCGCGCGCCCUCCCCGUAUGAUUGUUUCAUUAAAACACUGUGAAUGAAUGUGGGUAACACUGAAGUUAAGUUUUCCACUUCUGUGGGCUUUUAUAGGCACAGGCUGAAGGAAGUUGGCUAACUUAUUGCCAGGACAAAAUACGUAGGAGUCGACUUGCUGCCUCUUGUUACCGAUGCCUUACAUUUGUAUGUACUCGUAUCAGACACACGGACCAGCUAAGUUUUUAUGUCGGCAAGUCUUUCUGUAGAGCAGCAGGAAGAGUGACGAGACGAGCUGCACGCGUUUUUGCCACUGUUCUUUUGUGUGUGUGUGUGUGUGUGUGUGUUUUUUUUUUUUUUUUUAAGAAUCAAGAAAAGAUUACCUCCUGUCAAAAGAGUGAAUCCACUGACGACAAAUUGACGCAUUUAGGUCUUACAGGAAGUUGACCACAGGGUAAAUAACCACUGUCUUGACGUAAACGCAGUCGACGUCUUCUUAUUUAUGCUGUACUGAUUUUCACGUGACCACUUACCAGCUGCAAUUGGUGCAAAUGGACUUUUGACAAUUGCAAUAUUCCAAAUACCCUGAACAUACUUUGUUUUUUGAUUGGAUGCGUUUGGGGUAUGAUGAUUGCAAUAAAACAUGGAGUGCGAUAAGCACAUGCCACAAAUAUCAGCGCAA